AUGAUGUUCCCAAGAUUGUUUUCAAUCGCACUUGCUGCUUGUGCCACUAUCGCUCAGUGCAGGACAACACCAAUCCCAUACGAUCAUCCUGACUCCGUCUCAUGCCUCUGCGAAGAUGAGGCUUGGCACAUAACAAGACGUUGGCUCAACGUGUUCUCGACGGGCGGUAUCUCGAGCAAGGCGGAACUAGCCACGAUCGUCACACCAGACGUCAAAAGCUACGACGACACAUUCGGUCCUCCCACCAUCGGAAUCGAUCAGCUCUGGGGCAACAUCACGGCACCGGGCAACAGUACCACUACCAACGUGACGCAGACUCCGUCCUUCCUCUUGCAUUCCUGUGACCAAAUCGCAUACAACUGGCUGUACACUGCCGUCACAACAGGCUACAACUCGGACUGUGCCUCCUGGAACACCAGUCUCAUUCACAGGCAACGACAUAAUUCGUAUCGACUUGCGUACAAGGUUGAUAUCGAACGCUACCUCUGCUGGGCAAUGGAUCCUGCUUGCCAGGCAGCUUGGUGGUACUUGUACAGUCUAGUUCAUCCUUGGCAAAUUUGGCUCGUCGUGGCAUCCUGUUUUAGGACAUGA